AUGUACUUGGUUCCCCACUCAACAAGAUGCUACUGGACUAUACGCUUCGAAUAUUCGGCAAGUCAUGGGGCAAGGGCCAGGCAAUGGGCACUGCCAACAUCCAAAGAGAAACAGUUGGGGACAUCUAAUCAGGAGCGGAAUAUUGCUCACGCACUACAAUCCCAAGAGAAGGGUAUCAUAAUUCUCUAUGGUUCGCAGACGGGGACCGGAGAGGACUAUUCUCGGCGUUUCUCAAGGAAGCUGCAUGAGGACUAUGGAAUUUCGAGCAUUGUAGCGGAUAUCGAAGAGUUCGAUGCAUCUUCUCUUUUUAAUGUCGCCGCAACAACGGAUACCAAACCAAUGGUAUGUUUCAUUCUCGCAACAUACGGUGAUGGCGAGCCCACGGAUAAUGCUGCCACUUUCUACGAAGACCUUUGCGCAUACGAAUCGGAAGAUCACGAUGGAACACCUCCCUUGCAAGGUCUCCAGUACUUUGCCUUUGGCCUCGGGAACAGUACAUACGAAAAAUACAAUUUCAUGGUCCGCAGCUUUGAUCAGCACUUGCAAAAACUAGGUGGCUCUAGAAUUGGUCCAGUUGGUGAAGGCGACGAUGGAACCGGCUCUUUGGAUGAAGAUUUCCUCACUUGGAGAGACGAUACCUUGUCAGAGGUUGCAAGCACUUUGGGUAUUGAGAAACAUCGUGGACCAUUUCUGUCUCCUUAUAGCACUGCAGAAACUACUGAACUCGACAGCAAGUCUUCUGAAGUCUAUCUCGGAGAGCGGACUGCGAUACAACUCAAGAACAAAGGCCUACCGGUGGGCCCAUUUCAUGCCAAAAACCCUUACUUGGCACCCUUAGCAUAUUCCAAGCAGCUUUUUGCCCUAACCUGCGGAAGACACUGCCUGCAUCUCGAGUUCGAUGUCACUGGAACCAAUCUUGAAUACGACACCGGCGACCACUUGGGUAUUUGGCCUGUGAACCCUGAAGUUGAGGUUCAGCGGCUGCUCAGGAUCCUCAAUCUUGCUGGUAAAGGGAAUACUGUUAUCACCGUUUCCACAGACGCAGACUCUGGGGUUCCCGUCUUUGUAGGCCAGCCCACAACGUAUGCCACUAUCCUCCGACACCGGCUGGAAAUUUGUGGCAAAGUCACACGAGAAAUCUGUUCCACCCUCGCCGAGAUGGCUCCGGCUGCGAAUGCCAAAACGUAUUUGCUUCAGUUGGCAGGAGACAAGAAUCUCUUUCACUUAGAGAUUACCAAUCGAUGUCUGAACAUUGGCCAAUUUCUUGAAAUGGUCAGCAAGAGCCAACCAUGGCCUUUAUUGCCUUUCUCUUUCCUCAUCGCGACGGUUCCCUCCCUUCAACCACGUUAUUACUCCAUUUCAUCUUCAAGCCAAGCCUCUCCUAACAGGAUUAGUAUCACUGCUGCAGUGAAGGAUGAGUUCCUAGGAGGAAAGGAUGCGACUCGAUUCUUAGGCCUGACAACGAAUUAUCUCAGAGCACUGACUGAAUCGGACAUCUCUGGGGUCCUCAAUAGCUCUGGUAAAUACCAGCUUCCCUCUCAGCGUAUUGAGAGCACGCCAGUAAGAGCCGCGCUACAUGUUCGCCAAUCUCAUUUCCGGCUCCCCAAAACUCCAGAAACACCCAUCAUUAUGAUCGGUCCGGGCACUGGUGUUGCUCCUUUCCGAGCUUUCUUGCAGGACAGAGUAUUUGCCAAACAACAGCUCCAGCAGCUUGGGAAGUCGAUUCUUUUCACCGGAUGCCGGAGGCGGGAUGAAGACUACAUCUACGCUGAGGAAUGGAGGGAUUUAGAGAAGGCUUUGGGCAGCGACUUUCAAAUACAUACCGCAUUUUCGAGAGAAGGGAGAGAAAAAGUCUAUGUCCAACACGUAAUGAUGGCUGAGCAGGGUGGGCUCUUUGACAUGAUCUGCAAUAAAGGCGCUUGGAUUUACAUCUGUGGUGAUGCUGCCCAUAUGGCCAAAGAUGUUCACUCUACGUUGAUUGACAUUGUUGCCAAAGGGAAAUCCAUUGAUAGAGCAGAGGCAGCUCAGCUUAUUGCAGGCCUGCGGGAAUCUGGUCGAAUUCAUGAAGACGUUUGGUAGAUAUUUGAUUAAGUGGUUCUCUGGCAAGAUACGAGGGUGGCAAGUGUGAAUAGAGAUCGUGAAAUUGAUGUAAUAGGGGGACUGGAUGAAGGGGAAAAUCGAAGCCUCGUCAAUGCUGAUGCAAUAUAGCAGCAACUAAAUCCGGAUAUUAUAAACAUGCCAGAUAUACAUACUGUAACUUAUAUCAUGAAGUGUCGAUAUUUCAGUGGGUAUAUUUUAGAGAAUAUGAAAGUGAGCAAUAAAGAUUACGCAAAUGUAUAUCUUCCCACGCAGACAAAAAUUGAUCGUGUGAUAUUGGGAACGGGUUCGAAUGACGAUUAAUCCAUGUUCUCGUCAAGUAAACGCUCGAUAUAAGUGUUUGGCGUAACCAACACCCAUACACCAAACUUUCGGUUCAUUGACGGAUAA